AUGGAGAAAAUAAACUUGGACGGAGUUUCAGCCACCAUGGAUAAAACCGAUACAGAAGACUGUGUGACAUCUAGCAAUGAACUAGGCAAAGUUUCUACUGAGUAUGGAAAUAUGCCAAGGAGGUUGCUUUACAAUGUCUCUGAUCGGACCCCAGUUCAGAUGGCGAUCUUUUGUGCCUUCCAGCAAGUUCUCAUUGUCUUGUCAGCCUCGUUGGCAGUAUCGUCCUUCGUGGCAGACGCUGCAUGUGCUGACGAUUUCCCGGAUAUCAAAACAGACCUUUUGAGCUCAACCAUGUUUAUGAGUGGCCUCACAACCCUGCUUAUGGUUACGCUUGGUAUCAGAUUACCGGUGUUCCAAGGCUCCUGUGCUGAUUACGUCAUACCUCUGAUGGCAAUACGUUUACUGAACAAAAAUAUGUGUAAUAUAACUAGCACAUAUCAGGUAAAGAAGAAAGCAAAACACAAAGUCGUAGCAUUCCAGGGUUGUCUAAUCCUGGUGGGCGUGGUCCACUGUCUGAUUGGAGUGACGGGUACAGUUGGGUUCCUCCUCCGAUUUGUUGGCCCGAUGACCAUAGUGCCGACUAUUUUGCUCACUGGUAUAUUCUUAUCCCGGGCGACGGCGAAAUUUUCAAAAGUUCAUUGGGGUAUAUCUAGUGUGACGGCUGGGACGGCCAUUAUUCUAUCACUUUACCUUGGGAACAAGAAGAUGCCGUGUCCAGCUUGGUCCAGGCGGAGGGGUUUCUACUGGUACUGGUCUCCUUUUCACCAAGUAUUUUCGAUUUUAAUCGGCAUAUUAGUAGGAUGGGGGCUGUCGGCCAUUUUGACGAUAACAGGAACAUUGACGGACGAUCCAGAUAAUUAUCAAUACAUGGCCCGUACUGAUGCACGGUCGGGGAUCAUCGCUACAGCAACCUGGUUCAAAAUGCCUUACCCAAACCAGUUCGGGGCGCCUUCUUUUAAUGCUGGUAUUUUCAUCGCUUUCCUCAUUGCCACGGUAACCUCAAUUUUGGACUCGAUUGGAGAUUACUACGCAUGUGCGAGAGUUUGUAACGUACCACCUCCACCACGGCAUGCCGUUAACCGAGGAAUUGCCGUCGAAGGGUUUGGUAGUAUACUUUCUGGGAUGUUUGGUUGUGGUCACGCAACGACCACUUCCGGAGGAAACAUUGGGGCGUUGGGUGUUACUAGGGUAGCGAGUAGAGACGUGUUUUGGUGGGUGUCCAUUAUAUACAUGGUGUUUGGACUCGUUGGGAAGGUCUCGGCAGUCUUCAUUAGUAUUCCAGUACCUGUCUUAGGUGGUGCCAUGAUAAUAAUGUUCGGGAUGUUAAACGGUAUCGUCCUCUCUAACCUACAAGUAGUAUCGCUGUCCUCGACCCGGAACCUAGCGAUCAUUGGAACAGGUCUACUUGUAGGUCUGAUGAUCCCGUACUGGGUAGAGGCAUUUCCGGACGAUGUUGAUACAGGAAAUUCCUAUUAUAACAACAUUUUGAAAACCCUACUUGUCAAUCCGAGCCUGUCUGGAGGACUUAUCGCUUGUUUCCUUGACAACACCGUACCAGGUACACUGGACGAACGGGGUAUUACGGCAUGGCAGGACCCUAAAAAGGGAGCCCAAGUCCAUCAAUACAGUGAGGGACUAGAGGUGUACAACCCUCUUAUACCAAAGGGCUGGAUGAAGUGGAAGAUCAUGAAGUACAUCCCGAUUUGUUUAUACACGAGUUCAGGUUUCAACACUAAUGGCCGCGUGGUAUAAACUGCAAGGAAACUGAUGUAUAGCAUAGAGAAAUAUUAGAUAUUCACAGAAAUAUC